UGGAGCUGGAAGGGGCAGACCAGCUGAGUCCCUGCAGCAGCCCGGACGCCAAGCCCACAGGCACCAUGAAGGCCUUCACACUGCUCGCCCUGCUGGCCCUGGCUGUGCUCUGCCUCGCUGCCUGGGCAGAUGGGAAGCACAGCGGCGCAGAGUCUGGCAAGCGUGCAGCCUUCUUGUCCAAGCAGGAGGGCAGCGAGGUGGUGAAGAGACCCCGGCGCUACCUGAACCAAGGGCUGGGAGCCCCGGCCCCUGCCCCAGAUCCCCUGGAGCCCCAAAGGGAGGUGUGUGAGCUCAACCCAGACUGUGACGAGCUGGCGGACCACGUCGGCUUCCAGGAUGCCUAUCAGCGCUUCUACGGCACAGCCUAGGAUGGCUGCUCCUCCGGCCGCCCACAGCCCCACUGCCUCUGCUCCACACCCAGACCCUCCCCUCCCCUUGCCCCCUCUCUGCCAGCCUUCGGGGGGAUACAGCCUGGCUACUCCCAAAUAAAGCCCAGAGGAGGAA